CCACCGGGUUCCUCCACACAACAUGGACACCUCCUCGGUCCCGCUCCUCGACUACGGUCUGCGGUACCAGUGGUGCUCAGAUUCGGAGCUCUCCUGCGUUUCUUCCCCAGAGACGCUCUCUCCGGUCCACUCCAUGGACUCCAGCCUCUCCCCGUCCUACCUGCAGCCUCCACAGUCCACUCCCAAGGCAGCUAAUACUGGAUACCCUCAGAGUCUGGAGUCCUCGCCUUCUUCCAUGUCUUCAGGAGGCCAGAAGAUGGGCCGGGCCKCCCGGUUUCGCAGCAAACAGAGGGAGAGCGCCAGCGAGAAGGAGAAGCUGAGGAUGAGGGACUUGACGAAGGCCCUGCACCACCUCAGGUCCUACCUCCCGCCCUCUGUGGCCCCUGUUGGACAGACGCUAACGAAGAUCGAGACGCUGCGCCUCACCAUCCGCUACAUCUCCUACCUGUCGGCCCAGCUGGGCCUCAGCGAGGAGGCGCCRUUUCAGAGGAGGGAACAAGGAGACGCCUCAGCCAGCGGCCCCUCCUCUCCUGAUAUCAUCAGAUACUUCCAGAGGGCCUCUGCUGGAGGAUCGAYGCAGGACCAGAACCAAAGCCAGAGCCUGUACCCAUCUCAGUGUCACAGCCAGAACGCCUGGCUGCAUUCUGGGGGGUGUGGACUUGGAGUGGACCCGUUGAGCCCACAGUACAGUGAAGCACCGCAGGGGGAUGUGAGCACAGACACAGUUCUGCAUUCAYCUCCAACCUCCCAGCCCUCUUGUCAGAUGUGCGGUAAUGACUUCUGCAUCCCUUUGGUUCCAAGAGACUACUGGGGUUAAACACUGAACUCACCAAAGAGCCGCUGUCCAACAAUAGACCCAAACUUCUGAAGUGGUUUUACUGCCUAAAUGUGAAUCAAUUUUUUAAUUUAAAAUAUAUCUUAUUCAUAUACUUUUAUUUAUUAUAUCACUGAAUGUAUUUCUUGUAAAUAAAUGUCUAACAGCUAUUUUUUAAAUAUUUUCUUACCUCACUAUUUAUAAUAAACUUAUUUCUUGUCCUU